AGAUGGUUCUCAUUGGCUGUUUCUUCAGCGAAUGACGGAAGUUGUUGUUUGGGCGCUUUUCCUUCCCCCACGUGAGCUUGUGUAGCCUGGAAGCUAGCAGUCGGCAUCAUGCUCCGUCGAGAGGUGAGGCUGAGGCGGGAGUACCUGUACAGAAAGGCCCAGGAGGACCGGCUGCGAACGAUAGAGGAGAAGAAACUGAAGCUGAAGGACGCACUCGACAAAAACUCUCCCCUUCCGCCCGACGUCCGCAGAGAAGCCCUGGGGCUGCAAAAGCUGGUGGAGUACGAUGACGAAGGGGCAGAAGGCGUCAGCUCUCACAUGGACGACGAGUAUAAAUGGGCCGGAGUGGAGGACCCCAAACUGAUGGUGACCACGUCCAGAGACCCGAGCUCCAGACUCAAAAUGUUUGCCAAGGAGGUAAAGCUGAUGUUUCCUGGAGCCCAGAGGAUGAACAGAGGAAACCAUGAGGUGGCGGCGCUGGUACGAGCCUGUAAAGCCAACAACGUAUCAGACCUGGUCAUUGUACAUGAAACCAGAGGACAGCCAGAUGGCCUGGUCAUUUGCCACCUACCGUUUGGACCCACAGCUUAUUUCACGCUCUACAAUGUGGUGAUGAGGCACGAUGUUCCCAACAUUGGCACCAUGUCUGAGGCCUACCCCCACCUCAUUUUUCACAACUUCACCUCACGCCUCGGCAAAAGGGUGUCGAAUAUCUUGAAGUAUCUGUUCCCAGUCCCCAAAGACGACAGCAGGCGUGUCAUCACGUUCGCCAACCAGGAGGACUUUAUCUCUUUCAGGCAUCACACCUAUAAGAAAACCGACCACAAGAAUGUAGAGCUGACAGAAGUAGGACCCAGGUUUGAAAUGAAAUUGUACAUGAUCAAGUUAGGUACCCUGGAGAAUGAGGGCACAGCAGAGGUGGAGUGGCGUCAUCACCCCUACACACACACGGCUAAGAAAAGGAAGUUCCUCAGCCUGCAGUGAGACCAGAGACAUGAAUGAAUAAACCAGCUGCACUAUCUUCACAGAUCUUCACAGAUCUUCAGUUCCAUUUUGGGGUUUAGAAUAUUAUGAUUCAUGCUUUGAUAGAGCAAUCUAAUAUGAAUAAAGACCUCAUCAUCAUCAGUUAUAGAUUUUUGUCAUAUGUAUUGAGUGCUCCGUUAAAUUAAGCAUUUCUGUCAGGCAUCCCGCAAAGUAAAACCCCUGUGUUGGUUUUACUUUGCAUUUAUUAUUUUUCUAAAUAAAAUAUGUAUAAUUUG